AAACGGUCUCAUUCCUCUCUAGGCUGUUGUUGGGUGCGUCAGAAAAAUACGGGUUUUUGAUUCUAAAUCUAAUCUCGAAUGAUCACCCACAGUAACAUAAGGUUAGCGAUGCGAUCCUUCUGUUGUUAUUUAUUUAUCGUCGCUACGUUGUGAACCGAAUCCGCCUACACAGAGGAAUAAAGAAAUACUCCUGAAACAGUUGGUUUUGUUGUAACUGUACACCAGGAGUUAUUUUACUGGAUGAUGUUUAGAUGAGAAUCGACGUCGAUCGGGAAUAAAAAGUCUGAGCUCAUUUGACACUGACGUUUUUUUUUUUGGACCUUUUUUUGCCCCCUGAACCUGUUUGAUUAUGGAGUACAAAGUGGAGGCGCACCGGAUCAUGAGCAUCUCCUUGGGGAAGAUCUACAAUUCCCGAGUCCAGCGUGGAGGCAUCAAGCUGCACAAGAACCUGCUCGUGUCUCUGGUGCUAAGAAGCGCCCGCCAGGUUUACCUGAGUGACUACUACGGCGGAGGAUGUCUGAAUGCCCAACAAACUAAAGACUGGGAGCUCACAGAGGCCGCAGAGUCAAAGGAACCGCUUCAGACCGGAGCGGAGUGUGAGCGGCUCGAGCAGACCGAAAGUGGCGAAUCUGCUGAAAGCAAAGCACAGAUUGAAUCUCCACUGGACUCUGAGGUUCAUGUGGACGUUUCGCCGUCUUCGACAGAGUCUCCUGUAAUUACUGAGCCACAAUGUGAAUCCAAAACGACCCAGGUGGACUCUUUGGUCCCUGAAACGAAUUCAGAGGAGCCUCCGAAACCCGCCGUCUGUUCAAACCGGAAACGGAGCGCUGAGAAGUCGCCAAGCGGCACUGAUGCGCCUCUAAAACGGACUAAAGUCACCUCUCCGGAGCAGGAGGAAAGUGACGAGAUGGACACAAGCAACGUGUCAAACCUCAUCACCAUCUUCGGGUCAAGUUUUUCCGGACUGUUAAGCAAAGAGAGCGUGAAAGAGGACACACAGGAGGACGCCGGGGACUCGGGCCAAAUCUGCUGCGAUCAAAUGCUGAAGAAUCUCAACCCGUGGAGCACAGCCAUCGUUGCGUUUUAAGCAAUAAAGAACAGUGUUUUGUUCACACGUGGUGGUUUGUGCCGGUACUCUAAAACACGUGGUUAAGGGACUUUCCCCACACCACGCGCGGUGCUGUCGAGUUUACACCGUGGCCCAUAGUCUCAAAUCGGCUUCGGUCUGGUCACCUAUAUGCUCAAUAUGGUGUACUCGUAAGGGGACUAAGAAGCCGUUUGGAACACGGCCCGUAUUGUAAAACCGAGGAAUGUUAACGUGUUGGUGCUACUACAGAGAGCUACAGCGUCAACGGAAAUGACGUCAUUGAACGGAACUAAACUUUUUACAGCAUUUGUGAGCUGAGUUGAGCUCAACCAGCAAUCAGAUGAUCAUGGCGGACUAGUGAUUUAUUAGUGUGAAGUGUUACGCUCAUGACAUUUGUAUAAAUGAAAAUGUUACACUGAUGUAAGACCUGCCUACAAACCAAGAGUCUGCAAGACUGAGGCUACUGGUUUCUCCCAGAUGUCUUUGUUUUAUAAAGACUUGUACAUUUGUAACAUAUGUUCCUGUACAUAUUGUUUUCAAUGUUGCAUUAUGGAUCUAUGUAUUUUGGUAUUUACUAUUCUGACUAUUACGUGAUGGUCACGUAUUAAAAAAUGUGAAAUGA